AGGGCGAAUUCUGCAUUAGAAGCGCGGGCAAACCCGAGCUGCGCAAUUGCGCUAGGCAUUCCUUUAGGGUUGCGAGGGAGAGCUGAUUAAUCGUCCACUCCUGAGGUUUCGCGUUCCAACUGUUUGGAUGGAUUUUCCCAGCACUUGGCUGACUGAACGGAGGUCGGAGUCAUGGAAAGCCGUGCAUCGAGCGUCUGUGUACAAGUGGAUACCGCGUUGGGGGAUCUACAAGUUGUAUUGAUGACAUUUAGUUCCCCGUCAUGAACUGUCCUGGAGUUGCGGUUUAAAGUUGGGGGCUUUAAGAGCGGGGAACAUCAUGCACACAGCGGAGCUUGCGCUCUCUCUCCUACUCGUCGUGAUCAUCGUUGUGUCGCUGCUGUCCAACGUGCUGGUGCUGAUCUGCUUCUUGUACAAUGCCGAAAUUCGCAAGCAGGUUCCUGGGUUGUUUAUACUCAACCUGACGUUCUGCAACCUGCUCCUGUCCGCCUCCAGCAUGCCGUUGACUCUUUUCGGGGUGUUGAGUAAUGCACAUCCGGGAGGACAAAUUUUCUGUCAGGUGGUCGGGUUUCUGGACACUUUCCUGACCACCAACUCCAUGCUGAGUAUGGCUGCGCUCAGCAUCGACCGGUGGGUUGCAGUGGUGUUCCCUCUGAGUUACCAUUCCAGGAUCCGUCACCGGGACGCUGUACUCGCUCUGGCUUACACGUGGGUGCACUCGUUGUCCUUCUCUGUGGUUGCCGCGUGCCUCUCCUGGGUGGGCUACCAUCAGCUGUACGCGUCGUGCACGCUCUGUAACGGCAGGGCGGUCAAUGCCAAGACGCAGUUCGCAAUUUACACCAUGGUGCUGCACUCGCUCACGUUCCUGCUGGUGUCGGUGGUGCUCUGCGUCACGUAUCUGAAAGUGCUCAAAGUUGCGCGCUUUCACUGCAAGCGCAUAGAUGUGAUAACCAUGCAAACGCUCGUAUUGCUAGUGGACAUUCACCCCAGUGUUCGUCAGCGCUGUUUGGAGGAGCAGAAAAGGAGGAGACAGAGAGCCACACGCAAAAUUAGUACCUUCAUUGGAACCUUCGUCGUCUGUUUCACCCCUUAUGUCAUUACCAGGAUUGUGGAGCUAUUUGUGACGGAGCCAUUUAAUCCAUAUUGGGGCGUGCUGUGUAAGUGUCUGGCGUACAGCAAAGCUGCAUGCGACCCCUUCGUCUACUCUCUUCUGCGACACCAAUACAGGAAGACCUGCAGUGACAUCACCAAUCGACUCUUGAAACGCAGCUCCCCGAAUGGCUCCGGGCAUCAGCAGGAAAACGGAAAGAUUGGGAGGGCCAAGGAAAUCGUAAAAGACGGGGGAGUCGGAGCCAGACCUGCAGACUGAGGACUCCUGUUGCUAUAGAGAUGAACGAUCACAAAGGUAGAGCUUCGACUCUGGAGGGAGAGAGAACAAUGCAGGCAGAGGAAACAGCGGGAGAGCAGGCUCUGCAUUUCUCAACUCAAAAAGAAUUUGAGAUGUAACUGUAGCAAGAGAUUUUAGUAGCAAAAGAGAUUCUUUUUUAUAAAAAUAUUUAUUGAUUCUCUUUCGUUCUUUCGUUCUUUCUUUCUACCUUUCCUUCUUUCUCCAAUCGAUUCUGAAGUCAAACUUCUGUAAAGCUGCAAGCCACGAAAGCUGCUAGUUAGCCAACAUUCAAAGAGAAUCCGUAGGCCCUGUUACGUAUCGUGGUCUGAUUUGUCUCCUAUGUUAUAGUGCUAAAGUGCUGUUUAGACUUAACGAAUAAGUGACUCCUUUGACUUAAACUGUAUCACACGGUCAAAUGUGAGAAAACAAGAUCGCAUUGUGAGUUUUUCAAAACAGAAUAGGAAAUAUUUUCUAGAUGAUGUUUUAGUGGAACUCAGUGGCAUGUGGUUUUGGUUUUUGUAGCAUGUAUUGUAUCUUCAGGGUUUAGAUAUGAAGCCCAAAAGCAAUGGGUGGACCUGUUCUUAUGGUGCCUUUAUUUAUUUUAUUUAUUUAUUUAAAACACAACCUGCUUUAUAGGAAGUUUAUGAAACUAACAAGCUCAUUUCAGCAGAGAAUUGUAGAGAAAUAACGAUGUGUAAACCAAAGGGUACAAACAGAGGAGAUAAAAUGAAUAUUUAUUGAGAGUGAAACAACACAGCUUAAAAAAUGUUGGAUUCAAUUCUGACGGCAUAAACAAUCUCUUUUUCUUACUUGCCUCUGAAAAAUAUGCGUGAAAAUAUUGUGCAAGUGCCUGAAGUGCUGUCAUAUGGGUUUACUUAAUUAAUGUUCUCUGUGUGGGAACACUGGCCACAAGAUACAGAAAAAAAAGUCUUGCAAAAUGGAAAAAGUGACUUUUUCUUUCCCUUAUCGUUUUACAAUGCUGUUCUUUGUCUAUGUAUUGUAUAUAUGCAUAUACAUUUUUGUAUUUUUAAAGAGUAAAUCAUUUCUACAGGGUAAUUUAUAUUUGAAUGUCACUCUAUAGUAAAUAUGUAUUGUUUUAUUUUUUUGUAGAGUGUGUAUGUGUGCGAAUAUGUGACAUUUGGAAGUGGGAACAUUAUUAUGUAUAAAACUACAUGUUUAAAUGUUUUUCUUUCGUGCAAAUGUAAAGCCUUAGGAAGAAACAUGUCUAUUUUUGUUAAGCAGAAAAUAACGUAGUUUUAAAUUUUGCUACAUAAAUAUCUUUGUGACUUUGAUGACAAUAAAC